AUGUCUUAUAGGAAUAAAGGGAGUGAGACACCUGGGCGUCCAGAAGUAUUUGAAAGACUAGGCACUGUGAGCAAUAGUAGCGAUCAUAAUUACUAUAGCUACAAUAGCAGUUAUAGAAAUCAUGGUUAUAACAGCAGUAGCAGUGACUAUUACAGAUACCGUCGUCGAUCUCCUUCUCUCUAUUACAAUGACCGUUACGAUGAUCGGUAUGACGGCCGUUACAGUGAUCGCUAUGAUGAUCGUUAUGGUGACCGCUACUACAACGACCGUUACUCUUACAGAUCAUCAGAUAGCGGUUUAAAAAUUGUAAAGUCAUACAACAGCAACAACAACAACAGUUAUCACCAUAAGCAAGAUUAUUAUUCAUCAUCGUCUGAUAAAAGCCGCAUUAAUUUUGUCAAAAAUGAUAAAAAGCCUAUUUCAUUUGUACCAAAUAAGUCAGGCGAGGAUUCUUAUGACCGAAGAGAACCUUCUCCAACUACGGAUCGUGAUAAAGCGGCAAGGGACUUACAAAUUACAGUAACAAGGGAUAAGAAAUCAGAUCACCAAGAAGAUAGACAUGAUGAUGCUUACAACACGAGUUCAGCCACUUCACGGGAAAUAGCUAUGACUCCAUCACAAAGAUCUGAUUCCAGUCAACGAAAGAGUAGCGCAGGGACUGACAACAACACUCGAUUUAAUUCCCAAGCCGAUCAGCAAAAAUCGCAGGUAAAAAGAAAUCAGAGCCCGCCGAACAAGUCAAAGCUAGAAAAAAAAUCAGUCGACAACAACAAGAGCAAUAGCUCUGUUAUAGUAACAACAACAACAGCAACAACCCAAAAGCCAGCCCUUACAUCUCUUUCUGCUCUUAGAGAAACAAAAUCUGAUUCUACUGUUCAACUAGAGAAACCUCCUACAGAGCCUGCUGCCAUGAGAAAUGGAAAGAUUGCUGGUCUUUUGGAUCCAUUAUCAAAAUCAAGUCCUGUAACAACAAAAAGCGUAAACAAUCUUUCAGCAGAAUCAGAAAGUACAAAAAGAGACAGCACCAUUACUUCAAAUCAAGCACCUACAAAGCCUUCGACAAUACGUACUGCAGUCAAUCAAAAAAAUCGUGGCAACGAUCCAAUUAAAGAAAAGUCUAAUUCUCUAAGAAAAUUAAGUAACGCCAUGAAUAAGCCAUCUUUGCCAACAACAAAUGAUCCUAAAUCAAACACCAGCGCACCAUCUACAAAACCCACUUCUUCUGCUACUGCAAAGGCUUUGAAUAAACAAGAUAAUAAAACAGCACAAUCCAAUCAACUCAAGGUAGUAGCAGACAAUAUAUUAGUAUCACCAAACUCACAAGAACACCAAAAACCGAGGCAAUUACAGCAACCAGCACCACCACCAACAACUGUAGCACACGGUCAACUGGAGCCAAUCAAGCACACAAAAGAGUCUACACGUACAAAUGAUCCUGUUUCUAUGCACGCUCCCAGCCAAGCAUCGGUAGAACAGCAAAAGAAAGAAUUGGAGAAAAAACUUGAGGAGAAACAUGUAGAGCAACUUCAGCAACUGCUACGACUUCAAGAAGGGGAAGAGGAGCUUGCCAGGGAGCGUGUGAACAAAGAAACAGAGGCUGAUCAAAACACAAUAGCCACUCUUCAGGAACUGAUAAAGUCAAGUAAAGAAAAGCAAAGCAAAUAUGAAGAACAAAUGAACAUGUUUCCUCCAGAAAGCCAGGAAUGGAUGGACGCCCGAAACAAUAUUGAAGUUACCAAAGUUUUUAUAAACGACCUUAAUGAUCAGCAUACCAAUAUAAUGGAUAGUAUUACAGGCAUACUAAAUCAGCAAUUAGAGGCAAUACAAACCAAUUUUAAAGAAUUGAUAAGAAAAGCACAAGAAGAAUAUGACUCUGAGAAGAGGCAGAUUGAUAAUUUAUUCAAAAUCAAAAAGAGUAGCUCUUCCAGUUCUACCAAGAAGAGCAUUAUCUCUAUAAAAAAUGUUACUGAACCUUCAACAACAACAGUUAACCCACAAGUAGCAGUAUUAAUGAAUCAGUGUCCCACACAGGAUACUAUGAAACAGCAAGCAAGUGAACAAAUUACCAGAACUUUAAUAGAGAAACAGAAUGGGAUACCACGAGCGUCGUCAAUAAAAGCUACAUACACGCCAGUAGAGACAGGACCUGCAGCUCCCACGCCUCAAAAACAAGCAUCACCUGAACCUACGAAGCAGGCUAUACCAGCGCCGACAGCGCCUCCACAAACGAUCAGCACGACUAUAGCACCAGAAGCAUCAAAAAUGGAUACCAACGAUACUGAUAAGCAACAUAAUGUAAACAAUUCACCAAACAACACCAUCCCAAGGAAGAGACGAAGAGUAUUUACAGACAGUACAGAAGCAUCUGUUAUCAUCAACAAUGACGUAUCAUUGACCUCUCCAAAUACUACUACUACCACUACUACUUUAGCACCAAGUCCAAUACAGCAGCAUAUUGAAAAACCAGUAGAGGAAGAACGGGUCGAGAAGGCAGUAAAAAGGCAUAAAUAUGAUCCAUUUGCUCCUGCAGAUCAUGAUACAAUCACACCACCGGUUUCUGCAUCCGUAUCAGCCCGGUCCCUUAAUGAGAUCAAUCAGCCUCAGAAAGGCCGACGAGAAUUUUUGUUACCUAUUGAUGAACGUGAUGAUGUCGUAAUUGAUAUCUUUACGAAUAAGGGCGCUGUUCAUCGCCAAUCACCAGCAUUAACAAAUUCUUUUACGCCUCAGACAUCUCCCGUAGAAGCUUGUAUUUCUGAUCCAAUGGAGGUUGACCAAGAGCCCAUUCGUGACAGCAACAAAACUAUCUCGGCACAAGAAACACGCAUUGAAAAAAUGGAUAUUGAGCAGCCAGUUACAGAAACACCUGGGGAUAAAAAAUCUGUUAUUGUUGGUAGUAGUACAGUCAAUGUAUCAGCAAAGAAGCCACGAACAACAACAAAAGUUCCCAAAAUUUGGAAAGUCAGAAUGGAUGAUGACACUGGUGAUGUUUACUAUCAACACAGAGUCACAGGAGAAAUUCGACUAGACCGACCAUGUUAA